AUGCAUCCCUCGAUCCUCGACACCAGCAUCAUCGACCUGCUCGAGGCCGACCCCCGACCGUCCGUGAUUGUCGCCCUGACCCCGCACCCGCCCACCGUCGUCUACACCAACCCGGCCUUUGCUGGAUUUCCGACCCUGCUGGAUCUGAUCACUUCGAAAAGCGAGGACUGUCGGCCGCUAUGGGAGUGGAUUACCGGCGGCGCUGGUGUCGACCAGGCGCAACAACAGCCGUCGGGCAGCACGCAUGUGUCAGUACCAGAAAGUGCGGGGCCGGCCGCGAGCGCGUCGUUCUCGUACUCGAAUGUGUAUUGGACUCGGUCGGUGGUGCACGAGCAGAUGGUGGUUGUCGGCGCGAAUGAGCAGUUGCCGUUGCGCCUUACGGAUGGGCAGUCUCAGUCGUCCCGGACGGGAGGGUCACCAAAACGGGUCAUGAACGGCGAGAGUGAGGUGGUUGCUGGUGGUGGUGGUGGUGGUGCUGCUGCUUCUGCUGACGAUAACAACACCGAAAAUCGCCCAGCAGCCCGCACAACACCGACGAUCACACCCAUCCUCUCAGUCACCUCAGUCACAGAAAUCGAACCGUGUUUCAAGUCUACUCGGUCUACUUCGACGACAAGUCCCAAGGAAAGACCGCCUUCCCGCGCAGAGGCUGUCCAGUCACUCGGCCACGCCGUCUCGGACCCCGCCUGGAUCUUGCCAGAUAUUACACCAGAACAACGCCCCUUCCUAGACGACAUCAACAGCGUAGACUGGGCCAAAACCCCCCUCGGCCCCAUGCACAGCUGGCACCGUAAACUCGACGAAACCGUCAACCAAAUCCUCGUCGACAGCCGGCCACACGCUGUCUACUGGGGCCCAACCCACAUCAUGAUCUACAACGAAGCAUUCAGCAAAUUCUGCGGCUUGCGACACCCCUCGAUGCUGGGCAUGCCAGUGCUGGAAGCGUGGGCCGAGGCCGGCGAGAUUAUCAAAGACACCAUGCGGGGGAUCGCGCACCCGGACAGGGAUGUGGUGGAGCAUGAGUGGCGGUUUUAUAUUGACAGGGAGUCGGAGAUGGAGGGGGGCGCGCCUUGGCUGGAGGAGACGUAUUUGAGGUGGUCGAUGAUUCCGAUUCUGGAGAAUGGUCAGUGUCUUGGGUACAUGCAGCCCGUGGCGGAGACGACGAGUGUGAGGUUGUGGAAGCGGCGCGAUCCGAUGCUGGAGAAACUCCAUGAGAUUUUGGUGACGGUGCGGGAUGUGGAGAGUUACUGGGAGAAGGCCAUGCAGGGGCUCGCGUCGCUCGAGCCGCAGUAUGAUAUCCCCCUGGCGAUCCUUUACACGGUCGAGGAAGAUCCCGAGGCUGCUGCGGUUGGGGUGGACGCGAACGACGCGGCGGCAAGGAAAGCCUGCCGACUUGUGGGUUCCCUGGGCGUCCCCCCUAACCACCCCAUCGCGCCCGACACGAUCAAGUUGGGCGGUGGUGGUGAUGGUUGUAGUAGUAGCACCACCUACCCGCUUAUCUCCUCCUUCCGCGAGACCUUUGACGCCAACCACCCGACAUUACUACAGACCAGCGACGGGACACUCCCGCCAUCGCUGCUAGACGACCUCCAAUGGCGAGGCUUCGAGGGCGACCCCUGCCGGGCCGCCGUGAUCUGCCCGAUCCGGCCGAUCAAGGAAGACAGUGUGGCGGGCUUCCUCUUCCUCGGCCUCAACCCGAGACGUCCCUACGACAACGACUACCGGCACUUCAUUUCCCUCCUAACCCAGCGGGUGGCGGCGUCGCUCGCUUCGAUCGUCCGAGUCGAGGAGGAAGCACGGAGGGGCCGCAACGCAGCUGAGCAAGCGGCCUCGGAUCAAGCGAUGCUCAAGCAGCGGCUGGAGGUACAAACGAAAGAAGCCAAUGAGUCCCUUCAAAUGUUCGAGGCCGUCGCCGAGUUCGUGCCCGUGGGAAUGAGCUUCGGCGACCCAGAGGGCAACAUCACCUACGCCAAUGACGCAUGGUACAAAAUCACCGGGUACCCGGGAACCGGCCCUGUGCCCCGGCAGGGCUUCCUCUCCUGCGUCAAGGACCAAGACCACCAUAUCAUCAUCGCUGAGUACGAAAAACUCAAGACCACCCGCAACGUUGAAUUCGAGUUCCGCGUGAAGCGGCAGCCAUCAACAACAACAACAACAACCGACACAGCGACCGACACAGCAGCAGCAGCAGCAGCGACAGUGGAAACCCUUCCCUCGUCCUCCCUCACGCGUUCGUCGCCGAGCUUUGGAGAAGCCGAAGAAAUCGACCUCGUAUCGCUCGAAGACGUGCGCGAGCGCAACGUACUCGCCAGCGCGCGGGCCGAGUACAGCGCCGACGGCCGGCUCAUGCGAGUCCUAACCUGCCUGACCGAUGUAUCCCCGCAGAAGAGCGUUGCGCGGGAAGCGCUGCGCCGAGCGCAACAGGCCGAGAACCUCCGGCGCAUGGCCGAGUUCGCCACGGUCGGGUUAUACGACAUGACCGUUGACGGCCGGUUGCUCGGCGCCAACACGGUGUUCUUCGAGAUGUGCGGGCUAAGGAAAGUCGACCCGGCGUGCGUGGAUAUUCGACCCUGGCAGAGCUGUGUGCGCAAAGAGGACCUGCCGCUGCUCACCAGUAAGCUGGACCAGAUGGUGCGCGAGGAUAAAGUGCAGAACGUCGAGAUCCGGCUCAACACCACGUGGACGACGGAAGACGGGUCGGGACAUAAGGUCGUCAUGCCCCGCUGGGUGCAGGCGACGCUGCUUCCCGUCCGGUCGUCGUCUGAGGGCACGACCCAGAGUUUUACGGGCUGCUUGAGUGAUGUCUCGCUGCAGAAGUAUCAGUUGGAAUGGGAGAAGGAGCGGAAGGAGGAGGCUAUUGAGUCGAAGAGGCAGCAGGAGAACUUUAUUGACAUGACGUCGCAUGAGAUGCGGAAUCCGCUUAGUGCUAUCAUCCACUGUGCGGACGCUAUCACGGCGACGCUCUGUCGGGUUCAGGAGCUGCUUGGGGGUGGAUUCUACGGGAGUGUAUCGUCCGACCAGGGCGUGGGCGCGUGUGCGGGGGCUGGUGAGCUGCCGGUGCCUAUGCAUGCGAGCGAGGACUGGGCGGCGGAAGCCCGCGAGUUGGUGGAUAACUGCAUCGACAACGCCGAGACUAUUGUUAGUUGUGCGAACCACCAGCGGCGCAUCGUCGAUGAUAUCCUGACCAUGUCGAAGCUGGACUCGAGUCUGAUCUCGAUCACCAGGGUCAUUGUGGAUCCCAUCAAGAUGGUGAAGGAAGCGCUCAAGAUGUUUGAAGUGGAAGCGCGCCGGGUUGACAUCAACCUCAGCAUGGUGGUUGACCCCGGCUACCACGAGCUCGGCAUCAAGCACUUGAUCUUCGACCCGUCGCGUCUCAAGCAGGUGCUCAUCAACCUGCUCACCAACGCGCUCAAGUUCACGGUUUCCGUCCCGACGAGGAAUGUCACUGUGGCUGUCAGCGCCAGUCUCAGCGAGCCCACCGAGGCCAGCAGCAAGGUCUCGUUUAUCCCGCGCUCCGAGGAGCCCCUCGAGGAGAUGUACGACCAGCCGGCCCCUCUCGACCGCGCCAACCCCGUGUUCCUGAUGUUCGAAGUCGAAGACACCGGCGAGGGCCUCACGGAAGAAGAGAAAAACAACCUCUUCCAGCGCUUCGUACAAGCCUCCGGCCGCACACACAUCAAAUACGGCGGGUCCGGACUAGGCCUCUUCAUCAGCCGCCGGCUCACCGAACUCCAACACGGCGCCAUCGGCGUGUCCAGCCAACCCGGCGUCGGAAGCACCUUUGCGCUGUACAUCGAAGCCUACCGACCAACAGACGAAGCCCUGCGCGAGAUGUACGCCACCGAAGCCGCGGGCCAGUCCGCCCUGUCCGCCCUGCGCUUUCAUCCCAGCCUCAGCCGCCGUAGCAGCAACAAGCGCGCCAUCAGCAGCAGCACCCUCGCUAGCGAGUUCACUUUGCCCACGGCGGGGAGCGCGGGGAGCGCGGGGAGUGUGUCUGGGCCGAGCACGUCGGCUACCACCGCCGUCACGCCGAGUAGUGAGGUGGGGAUGGGUCCCAGCCUGGGGUUAAGCCUGCCGUCGCCGUCGCCGCCGCAGAUUAAGGGGGUGUUGGUUGUGGAGGAUAAUUUGAUCAACCAGCAGAUUACGAGGCGCGGGUUGUUGAGUAUGGGCUUUACGGUCGAUGUGGCGAAUCAUGGGGUCGAGGCGCUGGAGAAACUGUGUCGGACUGAUCGGUAUGCGCCGCCGGGUCCGGCAGGGGGUUUUCCUUUUUCGGGCGGGAGGUCUCUGUCUUGUUCGGCCCCUGGCAAAACCGACGCCGACGCCGAUACUACAACCACCACAAACACAACCACCGCAGCUACAGCCCCAACAAGCCCAACCUCCCCCGCACCACCACCCACCACCACCACCACCACCCUUAACACAGCAACAGCCACCAGCAUGGCCACCAUAGCCCACACCCUCCACACCAACCCCCUCCACACCCACACCAGCGGCACAACCCCAACCCCAGGCGCCCCAGGCGGCACAACCCCCCACCCCUUCCCCCUCUCCAUGAUCCUAAUGGACAUCGAAAUGCCCAUCCAAGACGGGUUAACCUGCACGCGCCACAUCCGCGAACUCGAACGCGCCGGACACAUUGUCGGCGGCCGGAUCCCCAUUAUAGCGGUCAGUGCGAAUGCGCGGAAGGAACAGAUCCGUGAGGCUCGCCAGGCGGGGUGUGAUGAUGUGUUGGUCAAGCCGUAUCGGAUGCCGGAGUUGUUGGAGAGGAUGAGGGUUGUUAUGGGGAUGGUUGUGGGGGCUGGGGAUGCUGAGACUGAGGAGGAUAGGGGGAGGGAGGGGGAGAGCGAUGGGAAAGAGGGGGAGAGCGAUGGGAAAGAGGGGGAGAGCGAUGGAAAGGAGGGGGUGGUGAAGACUGUGGUGGAUAGUCUGCCUGUGGGGGAGGUGAAGGCGGAUGGGGAGCCUGCGGUGGAGGAGAAGGUUGCCGUGGAGACGGUUGUGAGGGAUGUUGAGGGGGUUGCGAGUGUCUGA